AGAUUUGAAAUAUUUUAUUUUACUUUUUUGAGACGGAGUCUGGCUCUGUCACCCAGGCUGGAGUGCAGUGGCGUUAUCUUGGCUCAUUGCAACCUCAGCCUCUUGGGUUCCAGUGAUUCUCCCGCCUCAGUCUUCCAAGCAGCUAGGAAUACAGGCAUGUGCCACCACACCUGGCUAAUUUUAAGAUUUGAAAUAUUUUAAAGAUUGAUGAUGUCCUGGUUUGAUCUUGGGUUUUGGCACCAAAAAAUAAAAUUAAAGAUUGAUGUUUUCCACUCAUCUUCACCAGUCAACGUACUUCCCCUAAACUUAAGGUUUCACUCUAGCAGGAACUACCAUCUGUGGCAUGAGAUCCACUCAACCAAUUAGUGGCUUUGAAGCCUCUUCACCUUAAGCAGUAUUUGUCGUCUACAAGUUCCCUUGCAACUGGAAUGGGUAGGGUGGAAGAUCCAAGAAAAAGCACAGAAUUUUCUUUUUUUGAGACAGGGUUUUGCUGUGUUGCCUAGGCUAGAGUGCAGUGGCAUCAUCAUGGCUGACUGUAUCCUUGACCUUCCUGGGCUCAAGUGAUCCUCCCAGCUCAGCCUCCUGAGUAGCUAGGACUGCAGGCUUGUGCCACCAUGCCCAGCUAAUUUUUUUUUUUGAUACGGAGUCUUGCUUUGUCACCCAAGCCGGAGUGCAGUGGCACGAUCUUGGCUCACUGCAACCUCUGCCUCCCGGGUUCAAGCAAUUCUCUGCCUCAGCCUCCUAAGUAGCUGGGAUUACAAACGACUGACACCAUGCCCGACUAAUUUUUGUAGUUUUAGUAGAGACGGGGUUUCACCAUCUUGGACAGGUUGGUCUUGAACUCCUGACCUCGUGAUUCACCCACCUCGGCCUCCCAAAGUGCUGGGAUUAUAAGCGUGAGCCACCGCGCUCAGCCUGCCGAGUUUUUUUUAGACGGAGUCUCACUCUGUCGCCCAGGCGGGAGUGGAGUGGCGUGAUCUCGGCUCACUUCAGCCUCCGUCUCCCGGGUUCAAGCGAUUCUUCUGCCUCAGCUUCCUGAGUAGCUGGGACUACAGGCAUGUGCCACCAUGCCCGGCUAAUUUUUGUAUAUUUAGUAGAGACGGGGUUUCACCAUAUUGGCCAGGCUGGUCUCAAACUCCAAACUCCUGACCUUGUGAUCCGCCUGCCUCAGCCUCCCAAAGUGCUGGGAUUACAGGCGUGAGCCACCAUGCCCAGCCUCCAGCUAAUUUUUUAUAGGGAUGGCGUCUCAGUUUGUUACCUCGGCUCUACAGCACAGGUUGGUUUUGAACUCCUGGCCCCAAAUGAUCCUCUCAUCUCAGCCUCUCAAAGUGUUAGGAUUACAGGCGUGAACCAUUGUGCCCAGCCCAGGUACAGCAUUUUAGAUGCACUCAGUCCAUUAAGGCUCAGUCCAGGUUUGUUAUUGUCCUUCUGUUGGGCCAUAGGGCCUGUACUGUGAACUAUAAUGAACUUCAGUGUUAAGUAAGGAAGGGAUCCUUAUUAGCCUUAAAUUCAAUUCCCUUAUCUCAGUGUCUUUAAGUUUCUCACAACUCUGAGUAUUGAUGAAAUAGUCUUCACCUAAAACAUGGUUAACAUAAUUCAGCUGACAUGCUUAAAUUUCUCUUCGACAGUCAGAGGCUGAUGGCAAUUGUGAAAAAAGCUCUUUAUUGUUAUUGCUAACUAAAAAAAAAAAAGGGUCAGUAGUCAGGUGUGGUGGCCUGUACCUCUUGUCCCUGGUACUCGGGAGACUGAGGUGGGAGGAUGGCUUGAGCCCAGGAGAUCAAGGCUGCAGUGAGGCAUGAUUGCACUGCUGCACUCCAGCCUGGACGACAGGGCGAGAUUGUCUCAGAAAAAUUAAAAAAAAGGGUAUUUCAUGUUGGUUCAAAAAUAUAGGUAGUAUGACCCCCUGAUGACUUGAAGACAGAGCAACAGAAGGACCUUAUUUAGUCAUCAUUAGCUUGGUCAAAAGAAAAGUCAGUUACACUCACUGUUGCAUAGUCAGUUGUAUGGUCAACUGUGCACUAAUCAUUUGGUCAUAAAUAUAUACAAUCAAAUUAAGGUUGAAUAUAAAUUUAAACUUUACUUUUGCUUUCUUCUCCCCUCCCCCCCAGAAAGGUCCACGGUCCAAUAUAACACACCUUCUUCAAGUAUUUAUGGGGUAAGAAACAUUUUAGAAAGUUGUUACAUUCUUUCCUCUAUCUUAAUGAUUUAAACAUGAGCAAGUUCGGUCUAUCAAGGCAGGCUCUGAAUAGCUACUAUCGAGAAGUAUUUGAGGACUUCUUGAAUGCCAAAUCUUGUCUGCUGACUAUGCAGAUUUAUCACGUGCUGAAAACACAGGUUUUCCAACUGUCAACGCCUUUACGAAAUUCACCUGCUUAGGCUUUCGUGGGGUCUGCCUCUUGGAGCUGAGAACACAGCUUCUGCUUACACCUGUGUCCUCAAUGACGCUAGAGAUUCCUAAGAGAAUUCUAGAAAUAGAGGAGGGGGGUAGAAGGCACGCAAGGAACAGUUUCUAAGCUUAGGGCCUAAACCUUUGCAUACAAGGAUCAGCUACCACGUUUACAGCGGCUUUAAGUUACAGCCCUCGAUAGGUGCAGAUCGGUUUCCCAAUAAAACCUGGCCUUCACUUUCAUCUCUGUUAAGGGUUACUUUUUCCAAAGAAACCGCUUUUUCUCCUACCAAUUUCCUAAAGCGCCCACCGGCAACGCACCAAACAGGGAGGGCACACAGCGGGAAACAGGACACGUGUGAUUUCCGAACUCUUCCCGGCGGAGCCCCGGCGAGCCCAGCCCCACGGGAGGAACCAAGGCCGCCUCCCCCGAGACACGGCCCGGCCCGCGUUCCUCGCACACGUGGCCGCCGCACUCGUCCGCUCAAAGCCCAAGGGCGGCGAUCGGACUCUAGGACCUUGGACCGAGCGAGCUCCCGCCCCGACGGCGGGAGUCAGAACUGUGGUGGCCAGGAGCAGUCCCCGCCCGCGUUUCCGUGUACCUCCACCCCGGCCCGCGAGCCGCCCCCCGGACCACCGUGGCAGAGGCCACAACAUGAACCGGAAGCCAAAAUAGCGACGCCCCGCCCUUUUCCUCUCGCAAGAGGCGGGGAAGAAAAAAAGUUGUGCGAGCGACGGGGACGUAGCCAAUUAGAGUGCCGGGAGCGCCUGAUUGGCGGCCCUCCCGGCAUCUGCAGGCCCCGCCCUGGCUGCGGAGGCUCAGUCACCGCCCUCCCCUCAACUCCCCUCACCACCCCCUCCUCUUCUCUCCCCGCCCCGUUCUUCUCUUCCCGUCUGAGGUGGCGGUCGGUCUCGCCUUGUCGCCAGCUCCAUUUUCCUCUCCUCUCUCUUCCCCUUUCCUUCGCGCCCGAGAGCGCCUCCCAGCCUCGUAGGGUGGUCACGGAGCCCCUGCGCCUUUUCCUUGCUCGGGUCCUGCGUCCGCGCCUGCUCCGCCAUGAAUGAGGAGUACGACGUGAUCGUGCUGGGCACCGGCCUGACGGAAUGUAUCCUGUCAGGUAUAAUGUCAGUGAAUGGCAAGAAAGUUCUUCAUAUGGAUCGAAACCCUUACUAUGGAGGAGAGAGUGCAUCUAUAACACCACUGGAAGAUUUAUACAAAAGAUUUAAAAUACCAGGAUCACCACCCGAGUCAAUGGGGAGAGGAAGAGACUGGAAUGUUGACUUGAUUCCCAAGUUCCUUAUGGCUAAUGGUCAGCUGGUUAAGAUGCUGCUUUAUACAGAGGUAACUCGCUAUCUGGAUUUUAAAGUGACUGAAGGGAGCUUUGUCUAUAAGGGUGGAAAAAUCUACAAGGUUCCUUCCACUGAAGCAGAAGCCCUGGCAUCUAGCCUAAUGGGACUGUUUGAAAAACGUCGCUUCAGGAAAUUCCUAGUGUAUGUUGCCAACUUCGAUGAAAAAGAUCCGAGAACUUUUGAAGGCAUUGAUCCUAAGAAGACCACAAUGCGAGAUGUCUAUAAGAAAUUUGAUUUGGGUCAAGAUGUUAUAGAUUUUACUGGUCAUGCUCUUGCACUUUACAGAACUGAUGACUACUUAGAUCAACCAUGUUAUGAAACCAUUAAUAGAAUUAAACUUUACAGUGAGUCUUUGGCAAGAUAUGGCAAAAGCCCAUACCUUUAUCCACUCUAUGGCCUUGGAGAACUGCCCCAAGGAUUUGCAAGGCUAAGUGCUAUUUAUGGAGGUACCUAUAUGCUGAAUAAACCCAUUGAAGAAAUCAUUGUGCAGAAUGGAAAAGUAAUUGGUGUAAAAUCUGAAGGAGAAAUUGCUCGCUGUAAGCAGCUCAUCUGUGACCCCAGCUAUGUAAAAGAUCGGGUAGAAAAAGUGGGCCAGGUGAUCAGAGUCAUUUGCAUCCUCAGCCACCCCAUCAAGAACACCAAUGACGCCAACUCCUGCCAGAUCAUUAUUCCACAGAACCAAGUCAAUCGAAAGUCAGAUAUCUACGUCUGCAUGAUCUCCUUUGCGCACAAUGUAGCAGCACAAGGGAAGUACAUUGCCAUAGUUAGUACAACUGUGGAAACCAAGGAGCCCGAGAAGGAAAUCAGACCAGCUUUGGAGCUCUUGGAACCAAUUGAACAGAAAUUUGUUAGCAUCAGUGACCUCCUGGUACCGAAAGACUUGGGAACAGAAAGCCAGAUCUUUAUUUCCCGCACAUACGAUGCCACCACUCAUUUUGAGACAACGUGUGAUGACAUUAAAAACAUCUAUAAGAGGAUGACAGGAUCAGAGUUUGACUUUGAGGAAAUGAAGCGUAAGAAGAAUGACAUCUAUGGGGAAGACUAACAGCAGUACAUGUUAUUAUCUAAUAGGACACAUUUACAAUUUGGCAAAUAGUGCAUAUGAUAAUGAAAUCAAUAUUGUAAGGCCUGCUUUUGUAAUGAAAAUGGAGAGAAUGAAGAGCGCUAUGCCAGUAAAUACUCCCCUUCAUCUUUCUAAUAUUAUGUAUUAACUUGUUUUCAUGGAGAGGCUAUUCAGCAUUGGCAGUUACCACAUUCUAUUCAAUUUAACCAAACUGGCUUUUUUUUUCUAGUGAAGGAUCAGUUUUAAACAAACACUGGGAUACCGAUACAGACAACUUGAGACAGUUCAUGUUUUAAUCAGUGUAGCUAUGUGCUUCUGCUGCUCAAGAGCUGGAUCCAUACAGGUUGUGUGCCAUCUGUCCUCUUGAGGUUCAGGAGAUUCUAAAUUGAAUAUUCCACGGUUUGGGACGGCAUCCGGAAGUUUUCCCUAUGACUUUAUAUUUUGUAUUAUGUCAAAUGUUAUGGCAGGGCCCAAAUAGCAUAGCCACAAGUUUGGUUUAUGUGGGCAUAAAAUUCUAACCAAACCCCCACACAUAGGGAGUCAUUUGGAGAAAGCCCGUAUGUGGUGUUUUAACCUAAUAAAGUUGAUGAGAGAAAAGGGGAGAGGAAGCGAACAUAAAACGGGUAAAGUGUAGCGCAUAUUUUGUAUCUCAGGCGUGGCUUCUUCGGUGGACCAAGCUGCAAUGCAGUAUUGACUUGACAGAGCCUCUACUUCUGUCUCAAAAUGGCUCCAAAUGAUUUCUGUACUGCAAAAUAAAGCCAAAUUCUGGAAACUA